UGUUGCCUAGUUGACCAUCCGGCAAACGUGCAUGCGAUUCGAAUGUGCAGUUUUUUCUUUCGUGAAAAACCUUCAAAUCUCAAUAAACCAGGGAGCCAUUGUGCGUACUACACACGGUUGUCAGUAAUUUCCACAGAAUUUGCAACAGAAAUGGUUGCGGUGACAGAAGAAACAAUGUAUACCAAUUCAGAACAAAUUGGAAACUCCUACAACUGGGAUGCGAUUGCAUGUCAAUUCAAUCACUUUUCUUACAACAAAACAGGAUUACAUUGCUCCGCUCACUGGGAUAACGUUAAGUGUUGGCCACCAACAAGAGCAGGAGAAAUAGCUAAUGAGAGCUGCCCUUUCUGGGAAGAUUACAAUCAAAGUAUGGUGCGUGCAUACCGGAUCUGUAAAGAAAAUGGCGAAUGGCAGAACAAGUCAGAUUACAAUGAGUGCCUGAAUUAUACGUUAGUAGCACCACAGCAUCCAGAGGGUCAUCAAACAGUUCGAAUACUGGCCAUUGUUUGUUUGACGUUUAGCUGUAUCUCUCUUCUUCUACUGCUUAUAUCACUUUUCAUAUUUUACUAUUUCAAAUCUCUAAAAUGUACACGCGUGGCCAUUCACAAGAAUUUAUUUUUCUCCUUUGCUUUGAAAUAUACCAUUAUCAUCCUCACUUCUCAGUCUUCGGUGACUAAAGACAACUUCGAUUACACACAAACGCCGUCCAGCACAUCCAUAUUACACAUUCCAGUGGUGUGCCGAAUGAAUUUGAUCCUUUUGCAGUAUUUUAACAUGGUAAAUAUAUUUUGGAUGUUGAACGAAGGAGUAUACCUCACUAGUCGAAUCGCCUUUGCGGUGUUUAGCACGAAAUCCAAUUUAAGGAUGUACUUCGCAGUAGGUUGGGGUUUACCCAUCGUGUACGUGGCCAUAUGGGCUGGACUUAUGUGGCAGUUGAAAUACGACGAUCCAUGCUGGUAUACAUACGUCAAUUCAGAAAGCACUAAAUAUAUACUACUGAUUCUAAGUGUACCUCAAUUCGUUGCUUUCUUGCUCAACAUGCUAAUCCUGAUUAACAUCAUUCGGAUCCUUGUUACCAAACUACGCGCUAGCCACUCUGUUGAAACCAAUCAAGUCAGAAAAGCCAUCAAAGCGACUGCGGUUCUUCUUCCGCUUCUGGGCGUUGCACUUAUGCUAUCAUUCUGGCAGUAUCCAGACAAGAAUGACAUCGUAUAUCACUUCGUGUUUUCUACGAUCAUAUCGACACAGGGGAUGUUUGUUGCUAUCAUCUAUUGUUUCCUAAACAGUGAGGUUCAGAUGACAGUGAAGAGGAAAUUAAAGAGAAUACAUGUUAUGAGAAAGGCAAAAGGCCCACAUCGCAUGCAAGCCAGCCCUGCAUCUUUCAUGGUAGCUACAAGCUCAGAGGUAGUGCUUCCUAUGUCUUAUCACAAAAUCGUCAACAACGUAUGUUUAGAGACCAAGAUGGACGUGUGAUACUUAAUCUACUUGAGCAAAGAUUUACUUGAAUUUUUAUUGUUUUUCGUUCUUACUCAGUAAACGUGAAUUCGACGAGUGUCAUCACGUAUUUAACUUGAUGCAGACAGCUGUCUUCUAUAUAGUAGAUGGCAAUCUACUCAGGAUACUGGGUAAAAAUAUUCAUCUUCGUUAUCAUUUAUUUCUUUAUUGAACGUAUUUAUACAGGAUAACAGCAUAUCAGAUGAGCGGUAUAUCCUGUUGGACAUAUGUUUAUGUCAUACGUACGGCUUUGUCAUCAUCACUAUCAUUUCAUCACCAUCUCAUCAUCACCACUAUGUCAAUUAAAAGUGGCAUUAUCAUCAUAAAUACAAAAUCACUAUUAUCAUAGAGGGGUCUAGCAUAUUAUGCGCUAAAUCAAGUUGUUCAGAAAGCAAAUAACCAUUUACGAGACGAGAACAUUACCGAAGAUAUAGGCCUAAAUGGCUACUUAACGACACAAGUGAGUGUACUCCGACCGUUGGCUCUUUAUAAUUUAAUUUAAUUUCUUAUUGAUAUACGAAAUAACACCAGGCUACAGAAUUACAACAAGAUUCUUGUGAACCACAAUAAUUAUUUAAUAGUUACACUUAAACUGUUUAUAGCUAUACCUUACACGUAAAUGAAUACAACAGUGACAAAGGACGCUGCGCAUAAGUUGUAGCCGUACAUCAAGCAGCCUAUUUUUGUUACCGUGCAAUUCAUACAUGAAUUGAAAGUGUACUAUAAAUACAAUCACAUAGUAUCCGUCGAAGCUGAACAUUGUAUAUUUAGUGUUGUCAUGUCAUAUGCACAGCUAUAAUUUGUAGUUGGACAUUAUGUUAUGUGAUGUUAAUAUAGACGGUUUUACUGUAGGCCUAUAUUCUAUAUCUGUAGUUGCCAAUUGUAUAAUGUUAUCAUGUCAUGCCUUAUAAAAACGACUUCACUGAGUAUCUUUGCAGUUGGUCAUUGUAUUUUUUAUUGUAUGUUGUGUAACAGAAGGAUUUACUGGCUUACAGCAUAAUACACUACGGGAGUUUCUUUAUAGAAGCAACGCAUGACUGUCCCUUGAUGGUAUAAAUAAUACUUUGUAGUGCAUUGUUAUACUCAGUAUUAUUAUUAAUGCAUUACUGUUGCCAUGGGUGCCGCACCACCAAUGUACCUAUGACUCAAAAUGCGUUUUAAAUUAAAUUAUACGAAUUAUUGCUUGAUAAAAAGUCAAAAUCACAGUGUGGUAUAGACGUUCUGCGUCUUUUCUCUUGUUUCUUUUCGUGUUCUUGUUUUUCUAUUUCAUGUUUUUCAUGCAAUUUGAUAAUAAUUACUUUAGUAAUUAUAUAUAGCAUUAUACGGUAACAUUCCUAUUAUUAUUAUUAUUAUAUUAUAAGCCGAAUAAUGUUUUGAUGACAAUAACAAUUAUUAUUAUUAUUAUUAUUAUUAUUAUUAUUAUUAUUAUUAUUAUUAUUAUUAUUAUUAUCGAAAGGGCCCCACUCGACAGUGAUAAGUUCACUUUUGGGGUGUUCUGUCUCAUAUUGUCUGUGCUUGUCCUUUGCUGUUCCUUUAUUGUAAAUUUUAAUGUUUUGAGACGAAUAAAUGAAAUGAAAUAAAAAUGAAAUAAUAAUAAUUCUUAUUAUUAUUAUUAUUUUUUAAAAAUAAUGUUUUAUUAAUAUCAGUUAUUAAUGCUAUUGUUAAUACUAUUGAUCAUUUUUAUUUUUCUUAUUUAAUUUAGCAUUAUAAUUUUAUUCUUAUUAUUGAAAUUAUUAUCGGAAAUUGAAAUAUUAUUAUAAUUGUUAGUAUAGGCCUAUAAUACUGUAUGGUGAGACAUUAAUAGUAUACAUAAUCUGUUAUAGAAGUAGGAUGCAAUGACCAAACAGUGGUGAUGAAAUGUAAAUGUGGUGUUUUUUUAUUUUUUGGUUUUUUUUUGUGUUUUUUUUUGUAACUUUGUACAUUAUCAAGCUUGUGAUUGGACUGAGUAUACACUGACUUAAUAUUUACCCAUUUACCAUUAUGUGGCGCACAAUAUAAAUACGUUUUCUUGGACCGUUUUAUACUCGUACGUAAAGUAUAAUUGUAUAUUACAAUGUGAUCAUAUGUGGUAAUCGGUUGUGAAGAAAACUCAAUUAUUUAAGACAAAUAUUAUAAAGCAACUCGAUGCUUUUAUAUUAUGCUUAUAUUUUAAUAGUGAUGGGAUAUCAUGUAGAUGAUGAGUAUUUGAUUUUGUUAACAUUUAUAAAUAAAUAUUUUCAACUAAAAAAAUACAUAAAAAACUUUAGUCGAUAUAUAUUUUAAGGAAAUAUGCCUAAGCAUAUUGUAGACUCUUGUAAAUACAGUUAUUAAGACUUGUGUAUAUAAGCUAAGCUUCACUGCUCCCUUAUAAUAUAGAUUCCCUUACAGCGUAAAACAUUAAGUGUGUGCGGUGUUCCAAUUUAUUAUAGUAUAAUUUCAAUCAGGCCUGAGGAUUUAGUUGUUCUGUAUUGUGUUUUAUUUUCAUUAUAAAGUAUUUCCUGUCACCUGUGUAAGAAAAGUACUUCGAAGCCGGAUAUUGUCAGAGCUUAAGUUUGGCCAUCCUCACGUUAAAGGUUCCGCUAUCCAGUUGUUAAAAGCUCGUUCAUCAGUCAGUUAAAAGUGUUCAUUAGAUGAUUGAAAUAAAAUGUAGAAGUAACCAUAAAUGUUCUGUGUAUUUUGCAUAAGAAAAUAUAAGCAAGAAUCGUUAUAUUUAUUUUGAAAAUGGUUAGAUGUUUUAAGAUAUGAAUAAUGAAUGCAUUUAAUAAUUAGGUUAUUAUGCUACCAAUUUAACACUCUGACUCCAUUAUACUGUUAACAUUCUAUACUUUGAAGCUCACAUUUAGAGUUAUAGCUGCAUUAAAGCCCCAUCAUCUUACUAAACUUAAGCAUUCAUUGAUUUCUAUAUAAUUCAUAAAUAAUACAAUUAUUGGCGUCAAAAAGAGGGUGUACGCAUAAGCAAUUUUGUAUUACGUAAAUUGUUAAUUUGAUCGUAUGUUUGAAGUGACGUAUUCAUUACCUGAUCACUACCUGAAUGUCAAGAAAUGCGGCAGGUUCUUAAAAUUAGGUCAAACAACGAAAGCUUUUUGGACGGAGCCGAAGGUUGCCUCCUGGAGGGAGAAAAAAUAGUCUGCACCUUUGUAGGUUAUUUUGAAGUAAUUUAAUUCUAAUCCAACUUCGAUCUAUGUAUGAUACGCUAAAAAAUUAAUUGCAGAUGAAUCCUUAUCCUUUAAUAAUUUUAUCGAUUGUAGAUUUCAUUAGUAGAAAUAAAAGCGGUCCAUAAGUUUCAGUUUUGUAGCUGGUAUGGACACAAAAUAAGCGAUUAUUUGACGAUGUGUGUAAAGCCGGGCUCUCGCUGGGUCGUACGACUGUCGGCCGACAAAUCCAACUCCGCUCCCUGUGAGCGCUAGGCGACGCGACGCCGUCUGCUUAUUGUCGUCAUAAAUAGUUCUCCAAAGAAUCGCGUCGGCCGAGUGCCAUGCUUUAGGUACAACCACAGACCCUAAAUAGGGUUUGUGGUACAACAUUGUAAUUGAGGGCGCUCGAGCUACUAUGAUCAUUAUAAAAGACUGCGAUGUGAGCAGUUCAGUAUACCUGCUAUUAAACUAUGCCCUUAUUAAUUGAUGGUUGUAUAGAAAUGCGUCAGGCUCACGAAAUAAACUACAGUAUACCUUUCAUCGAACUCGUGGGUCUCGACUAGAAAUGCAAAUAAAAACUUGUUGGAGGGGUCGAAAAAUUUAACUAGCUUGGUUGGGAGGAGCAUGACCGAGCGACGACACGGUCGUCAAGACAUUGGGUACGGUAACAGAACUAAAUUUUAACUAUGAGCCUACCUGGUUUAUUACACAUGCAUUAAAAAUAUUAGUGGAAAAUUCAGGCCUUGGGGGAAGAAUUUAACACGUUAAGGACAAAAUGCUGUUCUGAAAAAAAAAAAAACCACUUACAUUUGCACCGUAUGUUUAAAUAAUAAAUUUAAAUAAAGAGUAUUAUUCAUCGAGAGACCAGUUAGUUCCUGAGGGGAAUCAGGCUUUAACGAGUAAGUAAAUCUGACGUCACUAUUCAUACGCGAACGAUAAUCCAGUGAUGAUACAGCAUGUCGCCUCAUUUACAUAUUUAGAACCUGACUGAUCUCAUAAUAGUUCAACCAUCCAAUUAUACAUUGUACAGUAUUACGAUGGUAAUAAACAUGUAAUACGGUACUAAAUAUUACACACAUACAAACCUACCGUACAUCAUAAGAACUGUAUAUGAAAAUACCUCCUUUCAUAUACAUACAUAUAAAAAUCUUAAUCAAAAACAAGGCACAAUCAAGGAUAACGUGGGAAGACGGUGAAACUAAUUAAUACAAGCAACAAUGGAAAUUAUUGUCAUUAACAAUGGUUGGAAUGUAAAGAAGUUAUUCGAAAACAAUGCAUUUAAUUAUAGGUAUGCUAGUGAGUUAAUCUAAUUCAGAAAGCUAUCUCGGGUGAACACAAGCUGUAGGAUGGCGGUGUUUUCUCAUCUAAGUUGCUGUUAAGUUAACAGCGAACACAGAUCAAUAAUGUACAAUGUUUGAUCGGCCAUCAUAAUUAUUAUUUAUUGUCCAAUAUUAAGGACAAUAUCGCAAAAAUAAUUCAAAUGUAUCCAUUGUUUUACGACAAACAACUAUAUAUUUAUUAAAGAUUAAACUCUUUAUUUAUCCAAUUUUAAAUAAAUGUUAAUUACGUCGGUCAUACAGAACGUGUUUAGGCCUACUCAUUUCACGCACAAGUACGUAAAACGCAUACACACCAGUUACAUGUACACGAAUGCAAAUCACUACUAUAGACAAGAGUAGGACUCAUGAUCAGAACAAAUAGAAUUCAAAAAAUACCUAGCUGUUAGUAUGUUUAUAAAUGUUGAUAUAUCUUGUGUGUUAGUUGUGUUCUCAAUUAUAAAAAAAGCUUUUAAUCGGUAACAUGUAAUAAUAAUUUGUGUGUAAACGAUUGUGGUGGC